AUGAAACAAAAUGUCCAAUGUUUAUCUUGGGAAAAAUCUGAGCAUUUACAAAUCAUCGAAUUACAUCGACAUGAUCUCGAUCAAAUUCUUUCUCAAGGUCGUCGUCAAUUAUCCAGUCAAUGUGAUGGAGAAACUUCAUUAAAAAUUAAUGAAAUAAGACAUCGUAUUCAACAACAAUGGACAAAUGUUGAACAACGGAGACAAUUUAAUAGUUCAUAUGUUCAUUUACUUGAUCGACGACUUGAUGAACUUGAAGGUCGAUGGUAUAGAAUUCAAAGAGAAAUAUUUACAUCAGAUAUUGAAUCACUUUUUGACAAAACAAAUGAUUUUCAACAACGUCUUCAACAACUUGAUAAUGAAAUAACAAGAUUAUAUGAACGAGCUCAAAAAUUAGGCAAUCAUUUACCUCCUAUAGUUCCUAAAAAAAUUAAUACACAAUAUUCUGUUAUUAAAAAUCAAUAUUUAGAAUUAUAUUAUUUAAAUGAAUUAAUAGAAAUAAUUAAUCAAAUUCAAAUUGAUUAUAAAUCUCAACAAUUAACUGAUGAAAAUGAAAUAAAUAAUUAA